AUGGAAGAAAAAGAGAUGGAGGAAGGGGGAAGGGGUGAGAUGAAAGUAGCAAGUUCAACUCUAAAGAAGUGUUUGAGUUGCAAGUGUGUAAGCUACUGCAAUAAAUCUUGUCAGAAAGAAGACUGGACAAGAUGUCACAAGCAAGACUGCAAAGCCCUGAAGAGAAUACAUCCCAAAGUACCUGGAGACUUAGUUCAGCUUCUGUCUCAAGUCAUCCGGAAGCAAAGAAAGUCUGCUCCGUGCACUACGGAUGAUGAGGAUUAUUUUCCAACCACCGUAGACCAGUUGGAAUCCCAUCAUGAGAAACUGACCGAUACAAGAAGGAAUGAAUUUGAGAACUUGUUGUUUCCAUUGAAGCAGUUCAUCGAACCUGAUGUCUUCGCUGAGCCGAGCAGCUUGUUGAAGAUAUUUGGGGCGGCUAACUGCAACAACUUCACAUUAUGUGAUAAUGAUCUGAAUUUCGUUGCAAUUGGGAUUUACUUGAGAGCAUCUAUGGCGAACCAUUCCUGUGAUUAUAACUGUGUAGUGGUGUAUGAUGAGAGGAAACUUCAACUCAGGACCAUAAAAGAUGUCAAAGAAGGAGAAGAGUGUACAAUCGGCUAUUUGAGUGUCAUGGAGCCAGCUAAAGAGAGACAGGCUGAGCUGGAAGAGGAGUAUCACUUCACCUGCGAGUGCGUGAAAUGCGUUGAAGAAAUCAAUGCAUUGGGGCCAGGUGAUGGUUUAGGUGAAUUAGAGCUCCGAGGUCUGAAGAAAUCCUUGGAGAAAAUGCAGGCUGCAGAGAAUUCACAAGAUAUCCUUUUGUUAGAGCUGUGUAAACCCUACCUGAAGCCGAUGGACCUCUCUAGCAGUAUUCCAGCCAAUCACCAUCUCUUGAUGAAGGUCAGAUUCAGAGCAUUUGGUGUAUACAUGCUCUCACAAGAAUUUGACAAAGCUGCUGAGAUUGGAAAGCUGAACACAGAGCCUUACAGAUUUCACUAUGGACCAUAUAGUCCGGGUCUAGGGCUUUACCUCCUGAGGAUAGGUAAACUACUGCUUAGCCUAAAGAGGAUUCCGGAGGCUAGAAAAUAUCUCACAGAGGCAUUGAGUGUUUUGGAGGUAACGCAUGGCCCACAUCAUUCGCUGAUGAAGACAGAGUCAAUGCAAGAACUGCUCCUUAGAUGUAGGUUUCCCGAAGGUCACCCCAUAUGGCUGAAUAAUUCAAGAAUUUCUCUGUAGCAGUAGUAUAGAUGUCACUGGAAAAAGUAAAGAUGGGAGGACAGAGUGACAGUGAGAGUGAGAUCGAAAGGAAACAACUAGAAACAUAACAGUUUGAGAAGCUGGUGUGCAAUCAAUUCUAAAUGUAGUCUUUGUAGUUUGUACGUCCAAUCUAGAACACCAGGGCCCUGUUUCAUAAUACAUAAAACAUGUUCCGAUCAUUAUACCAGGGACAUGAUAGAGAAGAACUGGAAUCAAACCGCUUUCCUUUGACCCCAUGCUCCAAGCCACCGAAAAGUUAUGCGCUAAUCUGCAACUGCUGACCAAGUGGUGAGAUAAACGAGCACAAGAAUUUCAGGAUUA